UACAUCCAUUCAGCUGGGAUCAUACACAGAGAUUUGAAACCCAGCAAUCUAGCAGUGAAUGAAGAUUGUGAGCUAAAGAUUUUGGACUUUGGAUUGGCUCGUCAUACUGAUGAUGAGAUGACUGGAUAUGUAGCCACCAGAUGGUACAGAGCUCCAGAGAUAAUGCUAAAUUGGAUGCAUUACAAUCAAACAGUUGAUAUUUGGUCUGUUGGGUGCAUUAUGGCAGAACUGCUGACAGGAAAGACUCUGUUUCCAGGCACUGACCAUAUUGAUCAGUUGAAGCUAAUAAUGCAGCUCGUCGGAACACCAGGGCCAGAACUUUUGAUGAAAAUAUCAUCUGAUUCUGCCAGAAACUAUAUACAAUCCUUACAGCACAUGCCAAAGCAGAGCUUUGGAGAUGUAUUCAUUGGAGCUAAUCCUCAAGGUAAUGGCAUUUUUAAAUGUGCAUUUAUGUUUAUUUAUAAACUUCUUUUCUAA